UAAAUGAUAGUUACUUCUCUCUCAUUUUUAAUCUCAAAAGACGUGCCUUUUGGUCUUCCAUUAUCUUCUUGUGUUGUGGAGUUCAAUGAGCUUGCAUGCUGUAGAUCUGAGCCCUGUUUUUUCCUUAUCUGAAGUGACCUUUGAGGGGGUUUUCCUUCUCCAUUUUGGCGUUUCCCUGUUCAGCAACGCACAUUUGUAGAAGCCUUGUUUGGUUAGAAUAAAAUAUCUAUUUUCUGCAAAACCAAUUUUGUUUGUUCCCUCUUGUGAAAAUAUCAAAUGGGUGAGCCAAGUUAUCAUUUUGCUUAUAGUAUUCAAAGGUUUGAGCGCUUUAAGUCCUUGUGGGUCAGGGUGCAUUCAAGCAGUGAGGUUCAAAUUACUAACCCUUUUCACUUUCCCCGGACUGAAGGCAAUUGAGUCAUGCAGACCCCAAAGACAAAGACAAGAAGUGGCUCCUCCUCUGAAGUGCCUCAGAAGGUUUCUCCUCGCGGUUCACGCCUAUUCAGGCCUACUGCUCUAGAAACAGAAUCUCUAAUUGUAUCUUCUUCAAAUCAAGCUAAUAAAGUAACAAAGGAAAGAAGCCCCAAAAUCACUGACCGAAGAUCACCAAGAAGCCCAGUUCCUGAGAGGAAGCGCCCCAGUAGAAUAUCUGAAUUGGAAUCUCAAAUUUCUCAACUUCAAGAUGAUCUGAAGAAGGUGAGGGACCAGCUUAUUCUAACUGAAUCAUGCAAGAAGCAAGCUCAGCAAGAUGCUCAAGACUCCAAGGAGCAACUUUUGGCGUUAUCUGCCAAACUUGAAGAGUCACAAAAGCAAUAUCUGGAGCUCUGUACUACUGAAGAAGCUCGCAUUACCGAGCUUCAGAAAAUCACAGAGGAAUGCAACAGGACACGGCAAUCCGAGCUUGAGGCCUCCCAGAAGCAUCUCUCAGUUGACUCUGCUGCAUUGGCCUCUGCAGCGAAUGAAAUUCAGCUUCUGAAAGUCCAACUUGAACUGGUAGCUAACUGUGAGAGUGUCCAAACUCAUCAUGCAGAGUCAGCAGAUGUGGAGCUGCUAAACCUGAAGCAAAACUUGUCAGAAACUCUUUCUCUUGUUGAGAACAUGAAAAACCAACUAAGGAAUUUCAAAGAAUUUGAAGCUCAGGCCCAAGGUUUGGUCAGUGAAACUUUGUUGCAGCUUGAGACUGCAAAAAGAACUGUGGAGAUUCUCAGGGGUGAUGUUGCAAAAUCUGUAGAUGGCUACAAAUCCAUUGCUUUAGAAUUAGACCAAUCUAGAGCAAAGGUGAACACACUAGAAGUACUUGUAGAGAAACUUAACCCAGAUUUCAUCAACAAUAAUUGCAAUAAUUCUGGAGAUCUUGUAGAUGGUCAUAGAUCUGAUCAUGUUGAAGCAGAAAUUUGUUCUCUGAAGUCUGAUGUUGGAAGACUAAGAUCUGCUGUGGAGACUGCUGAGAUAAAAUACCAAGAAGAACAGAUUCGGAGCACAGUGCAGAUCAGGAAUGCCUAUGAGUUGAUGGAGCAGAUAAAAUCUGAAUCGGGUCAAAAGGAAUGUGAGUUCGAGGCUGAAUUGAAAAGAAAGAAAGCUGAUAUUGAAGAGUUGAAGGCUAACUUAAUGGACAAGGAAACCGAGCUGCAGGGUAUUAUGGAGGAGAAUGAGAACUUGAAUUCUAAACUUCAAGUGAGAACAUCAUCCCAAAGUGACCAUGAACUUAGGAAUGAAAUUAAAAGAUUAGAGCAUUGUGUUGCUGAAUUGAAGGCGGAUAUGAUGGACAAAGAGACUACAUUGCAAAGCAUAUCUGAAGAGAACGAAAUGCUGAAGUUGGAAAGGAACAAGAGUGAGGAAAUAGAGGCAGCUAAGGCUGCAGAACAUGAAGCUCUCAUGAAACUUGGGAUCGCGAUGCAGGAGGUGGAGAGCAGCAGCCGCAAGGCGGCGAGAGUAACCGAGCAGCUUGAAGCGGCACAAGCAUCGAACUCGGAAAUGGAAGCUGAACUGAGAAGGAUGAAGGUGCAGUCUGAUCAAUGGAGGAAAGCUGCAGAGGCUGCUGCCGCUAUGCUUUCGGCAGGAAAUAAUGGGAAGAUCACAGAGAGAACAAUGUCUCUGGAUGACAACAGCUACAAAUGCUCACCCUUUGCGGAAGAGAAUGAUAACGACUACCUGAGGAAGAAAAAUGGCAACAUGCUGAAGAAGAUUGGGGUCUUGUGGAAGAAGCCUCAAAAAUAGUGACUGUCUGACAUAUGCUGUGUUAUGAAAUUAUAGUCCAAUCAAUAAUAUUUUGUUGCUGUAAUGUUUAUGUCUUUUGCGGAUUCUCUUACCACAACACUUCUCUUUUUCACUGCAUUAUUGUAAAUCCUACCUGCACUUGAAAAUGUCUGUGUUUUUUUCUUUUUGAAAUGAAAAUGUUUGUGUUCUGUACUUGGAAAA